UUGACGUGAAAAAUACGUAAAUUAAGACUAAUGACCUCAAUUGAUCUAAACAUAAAGUAAUAAGGCCCUGAAGGUAAUAAUACGCAGCCGGCACAUUCGUUAUUUUAACAUCAUUUUCUUGUCAUAGAUGUCUUUUGGACUUUUGUGCCGGUUGGUUAAAAAACGUAACUUACACGGAAAAAAUCGAAUUAUUUUACUAUAUUCUUUUUUACAUGAUUCUAUAUUUUAUAACAUCUGAAAUAAUUGUCAUUGCAAAGCAUCGCGUAUACACGUUCCUUCCUUCCUUCAAUAUGUUGGCUCUCGGAACCAAUAAUGUGUGUUCCCCAACACCAUUCAAUACGCGCAUAUAUACGUUCAGCAGCGCCACUAACAAGAACAGACUAGUGACUAUAUGAUAGGUUCACAUCUCACGAUUCGUUCACAUCUCACGAUCACAUAUUGCUCGAGGUAGCGACAAUUUUCCACGGAGUUCAGUUGUCGUUUUGAUUCGUUGUUGGGACUAUAUUAACAUAGCUGUAUAUUGUGAUUAAGACGGUUAAGAAGAUAUUUACUCAAGAAAGUGUUGGUCACUGUACUAUCAUGGCAUUUGUCGGCGUAGAAUUCGCUAACGAGGAUUCGGCAAAUAACAAUACGGAAGUAGCAAUUGUGAACGUACGCAGGUUUACUCCUAACAAAACUAAUGUAUUUUGGCCACCUGUAAAAUCACAAGAUAGAUAUGAGAAAUUAUUGAAACAAGGAGCAACGCCAACUAAUGAAUGGUCGUUAUGUCAAGUAACAAAAACUUAUUUUGAAACCGAUGAUUUCAAGAAAGCUGAACAAAAAAUAAAACUGUGUCAAUAUUUAUCAGAUGUAGCGACUGACGUAGAAUCUGUUUUAGAUAUUCCAAGUAAGAGACAGCGGAAUAAGCCUUCUAGAUAUAUCAGCGACUCAUCGGAUGAAGAAAAUAUACCAGUACCAUCGAAACUUAAAGCUCCUCCUAGACUUAAUAAUAUAUUUACAAGUUGCAGUCAAGUUCCGUCAGGUAAUAGUACUGUAAUUUUACAUUAUUUUACUUUCGGUACUUAUAUAUUUUUUCCAAAGCGUUCAUUGAUUUUAGAUAAAGUAUUAGUAAACUCAAUUCAUCCAAAAACAAAUAAUAAACCUACAACGAGUCAUUUGGUACAACCAAGUCAUAAACAUUCAGUGAUUCAAAGAAAUUCUGUACCUGUUAUAAAUAGUAUAAAUGAGGUACCUCUAACUGACGUGAACAGAAAUCUCACAGAUAUAAACGCUACACUUGCAUUUAUAAAACGACAGAAUACAGAUAUUUACAAUCAAAACGAUCAAAUAUCCCAAGCUUUAAAGGCCACUAACAAUUCCAUUGUAACGGUAUCCGAAUCUAAUGAAAUACCACAACUGCCUUGUACUCUACCAAUAACCACAUUUGAAGAUAUUACCCGAUUGGAGGAAUACCUUAAAAAAGAAGAAAAUAUCUCGCCUCUGGCUUCUUAUCUGUCGACGAUUGGAGGUCACGAAGAUGUAACAUCAAUAACAAACCGUAUACUUCGUCGACUUCUUUCAGAUAAAAUUGCAUCGUUUUAUAGUUUCCUCGGAAAACGAAACAAAAAGGCAUUUGCUCAUUUGAAACUCAAUAGUGUAUUGAUGAAAUCUGUUCUAUUGGCUCUACCUGGCAGUACGCAACACGAAAUAGAAAACAGCGUAAAAGAAUGGUUAAAGCAUGCCCCACAACGCUCUUCCCUUAAGACAAAGAAGGAUAAGUAAGGGUUUAUAUAUAUAUAUAUAUAUAAGAUGUUCUACUCCUACAUAUAUCCUUGUCUGUGAUUGUAGAGAAAAACUGUGAUUGUCUGUGAUUGUAGAGAAAAACUGUUAGCAAUUUGACCAAAGAAAAUUUGCGUUAUGUUUAUUUGCGUAAUGUUUUAUGUUUGUGUAUGAUAACUACAUUCACUGUUACAUUGAUUACUUAAGUAAUAAGAUACAAAUUGCAGUAAUAUGUCUGCUAUAAUGAAAAAAGUCAAACUGUUUGUAGGAAAACGGCAAUUUUAUCGAAAAGUUGCUACAGACGUAAUUGCUAGAGAUGCUAACUCAAUGCAUGUAAUUCUUAAUCUAUUAGACAAACAAAAAUGUGAUGUCGAGUUAUCCAAUAUGUCGAUGAAUACAUUGUCUUUUGAAGACGAUUCUUGCUCUGAAAGCAAUAAUGAUAUUUUGGAAAUUUCAAAUAAUAAUAUAUUAAUUCCUAACAACUUAACCAUAAAUGAAAAUUCGAAUCUUGAUUUCAUUGGAAACGUUAUACUUGACGAAAAUAAUCCUAACGUAACAGAUACUACAGAAAAUAAUCCUAACGAAGCGAAUACUACUGAAAAUCUAGUAGAAAAUAAUAAAGAAAAUAACUUUUCUAUCGUGGAUUGCUUAAGAACUUGAGCUGUUUCGAAUCCAGAUGUAUCACAAUCUUCACUUACAUCAUUACUUCAUUUAUUACAUAAAUUUCAUCCCACAUUACCCGUUGAUGCAAGAACGCUUUUGAAAACUUCUUCAAAAUUUCAUAUUCAAGAAUUAGAAACAGGACAAUUUGUUUACUUUGGAAUAAAAAAAGCUAUAAUCCGGCAUGCUUCACAACUUGUGAAUUUAGAUACAAUGAAGUUAAAAUUUAAUAUAGAUGGGUUGCCGUUGUUUAAAAGUUGCAAUAUGCAACUGUGGCCAAUUUUGGCUUUAAUUCAGAAUUCAAAAUCGAAAACACCAUUUCCAGUUGGAAUGUUUUGUGGGACAUCAAAGCCUCGACCACUCUCAAGCUUUUUAAAUGAUUUCGUAAAUGAAUUAUCACUAUUAUUGAAAAAUGGUUUCACAUUGUUCGAAAGACAUUACAAUGUUGUAGUACAUUCGUUUAUAUACGAUGCGCCAGCUCGCGCAUUCAUAAAAUGUAUUAAGUCGCAUCAAGGAUACUCAAGUUGUGAAAAAUGCACCGAAUCAGGAGAAUAUGUCAAAAGUCGAAUCAUUUUAAGAAAUAUAAAUAUGCCGUUACGAACAGACGAAUCUUUUCUCUCCAAAUCGACGAGGAUCAUCACACAGGCAUUACUUCGUUAUUAAAAUUAAAUAUCGGACUUGUUAGUUUAUUCCCCAUUGAUUAUAUGCACAAUAUAUGUUUAGGGGUAACUCGAAAGUUGUUAAAUUGGUGGAUUAAUGGCGAUUGUAAAGUUCGAUUGUCAUCUUAUUUAGUCAAAUGUUUAUCAGAAAAAAUGAUUUCUUUACAUAAUAACGUUCCCAAUGAAAUCAACCGAAAACCGCGAUCUUUAGACGAGUUAUCUCGUUUAAAGCUACAGAAUUUAGAACUUUCCUUCUAUAUAUUGGUCUAGCUAUUCUCAAAGGGAUUGUAGAUCAUUCCAUUUAUGAACACUUCAUACUCUUACAUUCGGCUGUAGUUAUUUUAUGUUCUGAGAAGCACAUUGCAACAUUAGGAUGUGAAAUGGCUUCUAUAUUUCUAAAAACAUUUGUUCAACAUAGUGAACAUCUAUAUAAUGAUCUGAAUUUCUUAUUUAUAAUGUCCAUUGCUUAAUUCAUUUGCCAGAAGAUGUUUCGACGUAUGGAGAACUUGAUAACUUUGCAGCUUUUCCUUUUGAAAAUUUUUUAGGAUACUUGCUUCGUCUUGUUAAAUGUACAAAACAACCUUUAAUUCAAAUUUGUAACAAAUUAGAACAAAUUAAUAAAUUUUCAGAACAAGGCGAGAAAUAAUCAUUUGAACUGAAUAAUAUUUCAUGUUUGAUAGAGCAUUGCUUGGGCCCAACAAUUGCCACAAUGUUAUCCUACAAACAGUUUAAAAAGGUUUAUUUUAGAGAUUGUGUUUUAACUAUUAAUAAUUAUUCGAAAGUAAAUUGUUACUAUAUGAUUGGCACUCAAGUUAUAGAAAUACAUAAUUUUAUAAAAACUGAAGAUACUGUCCUUAUAAUAGGAAAAAAGUUUUGCAAAUAUGAAUCUCUAUAUAGUUAUCCUUUUAAUUCAGAAAUAUUAAACAUUUUUGUAAUUGAAAAAUUAUCUGACAACUUGGAACGUUGGAACUUAUUAGAUGUCGAGUGCAAAUGUUUUGUUUUUCCAUUUCAAAACAGACAUGUAUCAUUCCCACUUUUGCACACAUUGAAUGACUGAUAUUUUUAUAAUAACAUAGAUAUAAUCCAGUGAGGAAUGAUUGAUAAAAAAAUAUCGAUUUGAUCUCAAAAUAGAAUUUUAAGCUUAUUUUACAUCUAUUUGACAUUGAAUCGAUGUAACAAUAGACUUCAGAUUGAUCAUGAUUAGUCAUUCCCCACUGGCAACAUACAGGAUAAGAGAAAAUGUACCUCAACUAUAUUUUUAAAGUAUGUAAGAGUAUAUAGUAUUA